GGAGGAACCGGUCGGCCGGGCCUCGCCGCGCGGCCCGACCUGCUCCGUCUCCGGAGUGUUCCCUGCUCUUCGCUGCGCUUCGCACCCGAGGCUACUCCUCGCGCCUUAGGCCGACGCCAUGAAGAUCAAGGAUGCCAAAAAACCCUCUUUCCCAUGGUUUGGCAUGGACAUUGGGGGAACUCUAGUGAAGCUCUCAUAUUUUGAGCCUAUCGAUAUCACAGCAGAGGAAGAACAAGAGGAAGUUGAGAGUUUAAAAAGCAUUCGGAAAUAUUUGACUUCUAACGUAGCAUAUGGAUCUACUGGCAUUCGGGAUGUACACCUUGAACUGAAGGACUUAACACUUUUUGGACGAAGAGGGAACUUGCACUUUAUCAGAUUUCCAACCCAGGACCUGCCUACUUUUAUCCAAAUGGGGAGAGAUAAAAACUUCUCAACCUUACAAACGGUGCUGAGUGCUACAGGAGGCGGUGCUUACAAGUUUGAGAAAGAUUUUCGCACAAUUGGAAACCUCCACCUGCACAAACUGGAUGAACUUGACUGCCUUGUAAAGGGCUUACUGUAUAUAGAUUCUGUCAGUUUCAAUGGACAAGCAGAAUGCUAUUAUUUUGCUAAUGCCUCAGAACCUGAGCGAUGCCAAAAGAUGCCUUUUAACCUGGAUGAUCCUUAUCCACUGCUGGUAGUGAAUAUUGGCUCAGGAGUCAGUAUUUUAGCAGUUCAUUCCAAAGACAACUAUAAAAGAGUGACUGGAACAAGCCUUGGAGGGGGUACCUUUCUUGGUUUAUGCAGUUUAUUGACUGGCUGUGAAAGUUUUGAGGAGGCUCUUGAAAUGGCAUCCAAAGGUGACAGCACCCAAGCUGAUAGGCUGGUCCGAGAUAUUUAUGGAGGAGAUUAUGAAAGAUUUGGUCUGCCAGGUUGGGCUGUGGCAUCUAGUUUUGGAAAUAUGAUUUAUAAGGAGAAACGAGAAACUGUUAGUAAAGAGGAUCUGGCUAGAGCUACCUUAGUUACUAUCACCAAUAACAUUGGUUCUGUGGCAAGAAUGUGUGCUGUUAAUGAGAAAAUAAAUAGAGUUGUCUUCGUUGGAAACUUUUUACGUGUCAAUACUCUCUCUAUGAAACUUCUGGCAUAUGCUUUGGAUUACUGGUCAAAAGGUCAAUUGAAAGCAUUGUUUCUAGAACAUGAGGGAUACUUUGGAGCCGUUGGUGCACUUCUUGGACUGCCAAAUUUCAGCUAAAACAUCAGAUAUUUACCAAGAAACGUCAUCCGAGAGGAACUGGUCCAGAAACUGCAUUCAUUAUUUGUCACUGGGAACCAAAGGGUAAAAGAGCUACGCUGUAUGUGUUGAUUUUAAAUGUCAGAACGGUGAGCUCAUGAGCUUUGCUGCCUGGAAAGACCUCUGUAACGGGAAGUAUUCCUCAUUGAUUGUCCCCUUGUGUGUAUAUAUAGCCAGCGGUCCAUCUUAAAUGCAAUACAGCCUUUUGAUUGUUGAACUUUUCUCAAAAAAUGAUUUUGUAUUUAUUUGAUGUAGCCAACAUUGUAGUACUGUAUGCUCAAACACAAAUCUUUAAAUCUCAGAAAUGUUUGCUAAUGCAAAAUAAUUGAUACUAAAUAUUUGUUUGAAGUCUGUUUUAUGUAUGUUUGAUUACUAGUGAACAGGAAGUAACAUCCUCUAUCAUAAUUUAUUGUACUGGCAAUCAAAGAUGAUCAUUUUCUGUGACUUUAGAAAUGUUAAGGCAAUAUUAAGUAUUAACUGUGGUAGUAGUUUUAUAACAUAUCCUCCUCAAAAAAGCAUGUGUCUAUGACUUUUUUUCCCCCAUAAGUACAGUUUUCCCUCAGUUGAUGAGUGGAAAUACUGUGUUUAAACAUGAACCUGAAUUUUUCUUUUGAAUCUCUGAAAUUUUUGCACAUAUUUGGUGGUGUUACUUUUUUUUAUUUCAUGCAUUAAUCAGUAUGUGUUAAGAUGUUUUAAAAUUGAGGGUAUAAUCGCCUACUUUGGAAUCUGUCUAAUUAAGUCCUUGGACUAUUCAAAAGGAAUACAGUUAGAGUGAGUGACGUUCUGUUCUUUUUCUCCCGUGUGUAUCUCAGGCCCAGACAUACAUACUUCUUUCUUCUCAUUAAAUCUGAACUGUGAAAACUGAUUUUAUCCUACAAACCAUAGUGAUGGGCAGAAUCAGAUGUUGUCUAAAAGAUGUUGUAAAACUGGGACUCUGAGACAGUAUUACUGAGUUACAAAUGGAUCAAUACUCAUAUUUUUUGAUCAUAAAAGCAUUGAGGACCCAAAAUUGAUGUUUCCUUCUGCCUUGAAAUUCUUGAUUUUGAAUUUCUGAUUUUAUAAAGUUAAAUCUCUCAGAUUUUACAUUUGCAGUAACAUUUUGGAGGCCAGUAGUUCCAUAAAGUUGAGUCUAUAAAGGAAUUGGCCCUGUAUUAAUUACCAAUAUCUCUGGAAAUAGCCUUAAAGAGGUUAGAGAUUGUUUACAUUUCAAAAAAUAUUUCAGUAUGGUUUCUGAGACCCCAGUGUUGAGUAGUGAGAGGUUUCUACCAGAUUGUCAAGAGGUGCUUGAUAAGACAAGUUCUCCAUGGAGUGUUCAAAUUUUAUGUGGAGGUAUUUAAAGAUAUGAACAUACAAAUAGUAUCUGCAGAGGGAAGCAUAUGAAGAUAGUGUUUGCCCAGUAGACUGCUUGGAACUUGGAAAUGAGCCCACUCGGUAGAUGCCUCUACGACGUUGUCUUUGUCAGUGUUUGUGUAGAAGUGGCCGGUUCCAGCUGGAAUGCCAGUGACUGCUUCCUUUGUUUAAAUGGUUUUGACUCAAGUGUUCAUGCAGAUAAGAAAAUAAAUGAUAGAAACUGCAGAUGUUCUACCUGUGGAAAUUCUAUAAAUCCAACUAUAGGUUUAGGGCUGUCUUUAAGAAAAGAAUAGUGUUCAUAUUCACUUGAUCACUAUACUUUGGUUAAAGUAGAACUAACAUUUUAUCAUUUGGAACUGAAAUUACCUACUAAGAUCCAUGUAACAUGAACCAACUAGCUCAUCGGUUUACCUUUUUUCAAGUGUAAUCUGUAAUUAUGAAUUAAUAACACAGAAUCAUGA